GCCGGAAACCCCCAGCGCCGCGCUCCGCCCCUCCCCCCCCCGCCCUCCCCUCAUGAGCUGGAGCCGGCUGCGCGGGGCCAUCGCCCGGGCGGCGGCCAUGCAGGGACCGAGACCAGUGGUUCUGAGUGGCCCAUCAGGUGCAGGGAAGAGCACUUUGAUAAAGAAAUUGUUUAAAGACUAUGAGAACAUCUUUGGCUUCAGCGUCUCUCAUACAACGAGGCAGCCAAGAGCCGGAGAAGUAAAUGGCAAAGAUUACCACUUUGUGACCAGAGAGGAAAUGAAGAAAGAAAUCGAUGCUGGUGAAUUCAUUGAGCACGCAGAGUUCUCAGGAAAUAUGUAUGGGACGAGUAAAGGUGCAGUGCAGGCUGUUCAGGCCAAGAACCAGAUCUGCAUCCUGGACAUUGACAUCCAAGGUGUAAAGAACAUCAAGAAGACAGACCUGAACCCCAUCUACAUCUCCGUGCAGCCUCCGUCCAUAGACGUCCUGGAAAAAAGACUGCGUGACCGACAGACUGAGACAGAAGAAAGUCUACAGAAGCGUUUGACUGCAGCCCGUGUAGAUUUGGAACUUAGUAAGGAGCCUGGCCUAUUUGACCUGGUCAUUAUUAAUGAUGAUCUAGAAAAAGCCUAUUCAGAACUGAAGGAGCAGCUCCUGAAGGAAAUCCAGAAGGCCCAAGAAUCCAGGAAGUCCUGAGCCAAGCCUGCCUGGAUGUUUUAACUUUAUCACAUCAUUCCUGAGCCAUAUCACAGCAUUUCAUUCCAAGAGACAUUCCCUUUAGGCCCAUCCUCCUCCCAUGUUAUUCUAGGAUAUUUCUAUUAAAAGGAAGGAAAACAAAA